CAUUGACCGACUGACAAUGACCUCAAAGGCAACCCAAGAAUAUCGUGCCUCAUUCAUAACCUUGAUCUCACAACUUACUGUGAUUGAAAAAAAGGGACAGGAGUUCUUUGACAGAAUCGAGAAUUCAGUAUGGACUCCUUAUGUGCCAACAUCAGCCCAAACUGAUUUCGAACAGCUUAUGAUCUCCCUUCAGAACCUUGAGACCCACGCACGCACUUCUGGUCUGUUGAGCAUUGCAGGAUCUUCUACUGAUGCAGCUGAUGGACAGUCAUCUCCUCAGCCAAAAAAUCUUGCCGUGAGAGAUGCUGACACGCUACAGGCAGUAGACACAUUCUUUCAAGAGAAGAAUCGAUUGUUGAUGAAUAUCCGUGCUGCUGUUAAUGCAGCACACAGACCUUCUUAACCAAACCAAACCAAACCAAACAACAACAAAAAAGUAAUCAGAAAGAUAAAAAAAAUGACUGAAUGAAUGAACUAAUGAAAGAGAGAAAUACAUUUAUUGAGCAAAUCAAUAACAAACAAAUGAAAGCAACAAUAUAUUUGAUAAAAAGAUAUAAGCAUUUUUAUAUAUAUAUAUAUAUAUAUAUAUAUAUAUACUUACUUUUUGUAAUUGUUCUUUCAAAGAGAAGAGUAUUAAAAGUUAAAAACAGACUUCUUUGUACAUAGAUAAUAAAUAAAUAAAUCAGGUCCAUGCACUACUUUCACCUAUU